CACAGCUGCGUAGUGUUGCACAUCAACUUCAAAUACAUCGUAUGUUUUGUAUUUCUCGGCAGUCGUCGUUUGUACAUCAUUCGAGAGAAUGCUGCUCGCGUUCGAGGUUGGCCAGCUCCAAAACACGUGAGCUGUUUUAUCUUCAUAGUUUCAUUAGUUGUUGAUUAAGCAUAAAUAACAUUCGGCCUUGUUCUUUGUCUCAUAAACUUACUCAUUCUUGAAGCAUGGAAUUCUUUCUUAUCAAAUCAACCAGACUUCUUUAAACGACUUGAAGCCACAAUUACACGCGGGAGCUGUACUCAGAGUAUGAGUAUAUGAGAUUAGAUAUAUUUUAUCAAGUCUAGAAGCCAAAGCAACAAUCCCAGGGAUCUGAAUAGUGAAAAGAAACUAAAGUGAGAACGAUUGACAUUUGGAAAAAUACGUUAAUUAUUCAAGGCUAAAUUAAUUAUAUAUUAUAAGAAGUGAAAAGUAUAACUGAAAGGAAGACACCAUGAAACCGUGGACCAAUAAGUCAAUUUUUUUUGGAGUUACUGGAGUAUUUUUGCUCAUAACUGGUAUAGCAUUAUUCUUCUCCUGGCCACUUGUGUUUGACAGCAUACUUAGAAAGGAAUUGCCAUUGACGCCUACGUCACGAUCUUUUGAAAUAUGGAAGGAUUCUGAAAAAAUUCCAAUGAAUAUUGAUUUUUAUUUUUUUAAUUGGACGAAUCCAAAAGAAUUAAGAAUACCAGGAAGCAAACCUAAUUUUAUACAAAUGGGACCAUAUAGUUUUAAAGAAAAAAGACAAAAAGUGAACAUAACAUUUCAUCCGGAAAAUAGUACAGUCAGCUAUUUUCAAAAAAAAUUCUGGUACUUUGAUCCUGACAGAAGUAAUGGUACCUUGAACGACAUAAUUGUGAAUCUAAAUCCUGUGGCUGUGUCAGCUUCUCAUAAAGUGAGAUAUUGGUCACUUCUUAUGCAAAACUCUUUGUCAAUGAUAUUGUCAAAAUCAUCUCAGAUAUAUACAGUAAAAACUGUAGGAGAAUUAUUAUUUGUGGGUUAUAGUGAUACACUCAUAGAGAUGGCUUCAAUUGCAGUUGAUGAUGAUGAAGAGGUCCCACCUUUCGAUAAAUUCGGAUGGUUUUACAUGCGAAAUGGGUCAACCAUGUUUGAUGGAUAUUAUAACAUGGCAACGGGAGAAGAUAAUUUAAAUAAUUUAGGAAUGGUUAAGUUCUGGAAUCAUCGUGAUACAACUAACUUUUAUAAAAGCCCUUGUAAUGUAGUUGAAGGCAGUGCUGGUGAGUUCUGGCCUCCACAUAGAAAUACUGAUGAUAUUACAAUUUGGACUCCAGACUUGUGCAGGCCUAUCAUUUAUGAAUAUACAAAAACAGUGAGUCAUCAAGGUAUUGCUGGAUAUAAAUAUGAACUCGGUGAAAAGACGUUAGGGAAUAGUACAAAGCGACGUUAUCCUCAUGAGCAUGCAAAAUACUUUGAAAGAACAACGACGACUGAAGAUUUUUUUAGUGCUGAACAUACAACAGGGAAUAACAAAAAUGAUGAGGAUCCUGAUAUAGUGAAUAUAGGACAGUGUUAUUGUAAUGGUGAAUGCAGUCCAAUGGGAGUAAUAAAUAUUACCUCUUGUCGUUAUGGUGCACCGGGAUUUGUUAGUUUACCACAUUUUCAUAAGGCUGAUCCAAUAUAUAGAGAACAAAUUAGUGGAAUGAAUCCCAAUGAUGAAGAUCAUAGUUUUUAUGUUACAUUAGAACCAACAACUGGAAUACCAUUAGAUGUGGCAGCUCGGUUCCAAAUUAAUAUGUUAUUACAACCAUCGCCAACAGUAUCUUUAUUCCACAAUGUGCCUAAGAUUUAUUUCCCUAUGUUUUGGUUUAGCUUAAGAGGUGGAACUACUGAAGAACUGUCUUGGCAAUUAAGUCAAUUAUUAUUGGUACCAAAUUAUGGCCUUUAUGGAAGCAUAAUUAUCGGUAUCGUUGGCGCUCUAAUGCUUGUGAUAGUAGCUCUAAUUCAAUUUUUCCAAAGAGGACGAAGCAGCACAAUGGGAAAAAUGAGAAUUAUUGGAACAUCAAAUGGAAAAAAGUCAGAAUUAGUCUACAUGGAUACAACAGUAACAAGUGAUGAUCAUGAAAGAAAUGAUAGACAAUUAUAUUGUAAGGACUAGUAAAAAAAAAAAAUUAUAGAUAUGAUUUAAAAAUGAGCUUAUAAUUGAUAAGAGUACAAGGUUAGUAGUAUAAUUUGUCAUUGAAAAGACAGUCUGGUACAAAUUAUACUGACUAGUUCAAAACAAUAAAUUUCUACAAGGUUGCUAUGUAUCUACUUUACGUUGAUAAGGUAAAGAAGAGAACUGAGAAGGUUUAAAUUUCAUUACUAAUACCCAACGUGUAUUUUGGAACAUCUAAAUUUAGAUAAACAUGACCUAGUUUGUGAGAUUGCAAGUUAAAAAGUGGAGCAUAAAUGAAUGGCAUGACUCAGGUAUAUCAUUAAAAUAUCAAAAAUCAGUCAUGAAUACCAGUAAAAUAAUAAAUUAGCUGAUCAAUUUAUUGACUGGAUAUUAAUUUAAUAGAUCUCGAAAUCGUAUACAACUUUUUAAUCAUGUUAUAGCGUAUAGAAUAUAUGUAAUUAUCUACCCAUCAUGGUAGAAUUGUAAUAUUUUUUAUUAUUGACAAGUUUUCUUAUCUACUUUAAGAUGAAUAUAUUUUUCAUGCUGAAAUAUCAAAAUAAACAGCCAUCAAAUGUG